AUGCGAGUUGCGUGUCUGUGGCUGUCCCUCACCUAUUUGGUCCCCAGCCUCGACGGGUUGGGGGCACGGGAAUACAACAACUCAACCAUUUUCGGCGGGGGUCUAUUUGUGGAUGCAGAAGGGCUGCUGAACCUGUCAGCUCCGUAUACGCCCAACCUGACAAAUGUCUUCUCGCUUGACCUGGACGACGGCACGCUCGCGGACUGGCGCUCCAUGGCAGUUAAGAAUUGCUACGGUGGAGAGUCCCAUAACCGGACCGUGAAAUCCCUACUGGUCCUGGCUUACUCGUUCAUCAUUGUCAUCUCGCUGUUCGGAAACACGCUGGUGUGCCAUGUGGUGAUCAAGAACAAGCGGAUGCACUCCGCCACGAGUCUGUUCAUCAUUAACCUCGCAGUGGCAGACAUUCUUAUAACGCUGCUCAACAUGCCCUUUACUUUGGUGCGAAUCGGACCGGAGACAUGA